CAUCACCCCUGGUCGCACUCUGAUGACGUUAGUCGAAAAGUAAACGUUAGAAUGUAAAUUAUACGACAUUACAUUUCAACUUGAGUUCACGUAAUGUAUGCCAUCGUUGGUGACUGAUUCCAUGUUGUAACAGCUAGCCAAGUGCCAAUUCUAGUUCGAGUUGGGAUAUCUAGCCUUAAAUUAUAUCCAGUUUUCACUCGGUUAGUGCCUUAUGCUAGUUUGAAUGCAGUUAAACACGUUGUGUUUACGACGAAUAAGUGGCCAAACAAGUUAGCUCGAUCCGGAUGCACUGUUUCUGUGUAUACUUUAGUCAGACAGUUAUUAAUUUGCUAUGUUUUUAAUUCUAGCUGAUGUAAAGCCAGCAUUACUAAAAUAUAAGCCAAUAAAUGUUUUAGUGAAAGCAUGUCUAUGCACUGCAGCCAAUGCUGAUGAUACCAAAACCAACCCAGGGAAACCAGAAUUGGCAAAAAAGAAAUGGAGAAAGAUUUUAAAGAAGAAACAGACAUCAUAUGAACACCUGACCUGGGAGGAGAGACUGGCUUACUCUGUCACUCCCUUGUGGCAGCUAAGUUAUGAGGAACAGCUCCAGCUGAAACAGAAGAACCAGGAGAAGAUCUUAUUACAGCUCUCAGAUCAGCUCCUAUAUGGAAAGUCGACCCAUACGGCCUUGACGUCAUCACCCAAGAGUACCCAACUCGGCUUCCCGUUGCUGCCUAUCUUACCAUCACCUGUCAUAGAAGGUUACCGCAACAAGUCCACCUUCUCCGUCAAUUGCGGGGUUGAUGGCAAUCCUAAAACGGUUGGGUUCUAUGUGGGGACUGGCAGGGCUGGCAACAUUGUGUGUGUAAACGGAGACCACCUACUUAACAUGCCAGAGAGACACAAACUGGUGGCCAGGUGCUACCAGGAUUUCCUCCGCCGCUCCCCGCUGGAGCCCUGUUUGCUGUUCCACGGAGGAGGCCACUGGAGAGAGGUGACGGUGAGGACCAACACAGCCGGCCAAACCAUGGCCAUUGUCUACUUCCACCCACAGAGGCUCACCCCAGAGGAGAUAAACGUCCACAAGUCCUCCCUCGUAGAGUACUUCACCCUGGGGCCGGGGGCCGUCUGUCAGCUAGACUCCCUGUACUUCCAGGAGAGUUCCAUGACCCGCUGCAGCCACGAGGAGUCCCCCUACGAGCUGCUGCAUGGCCAGCCACACAUAUACCAGGAGGUGCUAGGGUUCAAGUUCCGCAUAUCGGCGGACGCCUUCUUCCAGGUGAAUCAGGGGGCAGCUGAGCUGCUUUACCACACAGUGAGAGAGAUGGGCCUGCCAAAUGGAGGAGGAGAGGUAGGCACACUCUUGGACGUGUGUUGUGGAACGGGGGCCAUCGGUAUCACCAUGUCCCCCAGACUACGCAGGGUCAUCGGGAUAGAACUUAUCCAGCAGGCUGUGGAGGAUGCCAGGCACAAUGCCGCCCUCAAUCACAUCCACCACUGUGAAUUCCUCCAAGGGAAAGCUGAGGUUGUCCUUCCCGGGCUUAUGGAGGUCCUGACCUCUGGCAACCCUGUAGGCCCCCUCACGGCUGUUGUGAACCCAGCUCGGGCUGGCCUGCACUACCGUGUGAUCAGGGCCUUAAGGAACCACCCUUCCAUCCGCAGGCUGGUCUAUAUAUCAUGUAAGCCAGAAGGAGAGGCAAUGCGGAACUUCAGGGAACUGUGCUGCAGGCCUGAUCCACAGAGGAAGCUGACCGGGGAGGCUUUCAGGCCGACUCUGGCUGUACCGGUGGAUAUGUUCCCACACACGCCGCACUGCGAACUACUGCUGGUCUUUGAGAGGUAGCUCUCUUCAACCACUACAAGUUAUGUCAUAGCAAAGGUAUUUACUCUAUAGAAUGUAGCCUACACCUUCUAGUGAUUCUUACAUACUGUGAUCUUUGGACUGUUUGAUAAUUGAAGACGUACAAUAGUUAAAUCAGUGUUUGUUAGUGUCGAGUCAAAUUCAAAAUUGUCUAAAAACGGAAAGUGACCGUUACUUAAAAGUAAUUAUUCUGAAAGAUUUUUAGUGUGACUCAGAGUGUGAACACAUCAUGUAUGUUAUUUUGAGACAAAUGUUCUGCGAGCAGUGGUGUAGUAUGGGGUAAAUGAAAUUUAUUCAACCUUAUAACUUUGCGUGACAGUUUACCUACGUUUAUGUGGAAAAAUUAAUCUGUAGCUCAUUUGUUGUUGUUGUGCUGUGUGACUGGUGACCAGAGCUUGUCCACCGAUAUUUGUACCACUAGAUGACUCAUUGGGUGGGAUUAUCACCGUCUUGCUGCUGCAGUGAAGCAGAACUGUUCUUGCUUCAUUUAAGUGGAUCAGAAGUAGUGAACGUAGAAAAAGCAGAGGGAAGAGUGUUAAGAGUGGCUCGCCCACCAAAACGACUGGAGUAGACACCCCUGUCUGGCUUACUUCAGUGUUUGACUGUGCCAUACGGCCAAGCACAUGCUGUACUUCCUCUAUUACAUCAUGUUAUGUUACUGAAUUGCUUUGGCAGGAACUGUAGACUAUGUGCACAAGGUGGUGCUAUGGAGUCCAAUGUUCGAACGGAGACACUUUCACUGCAGCUUUUAGUUACAGGACCCCAUCGUACAUUAUUGAUGACAUGCGUACAAGACGGGACGGACCCUUAAACCAAACCAACUUAAAUAUGGUAUUUUUCUAUUUGGACUCAAUGCAGGAACUGAACAGUCCUCGCUCCUGCUUCAGUGUGCAGCGUAAAGUUUUGCUUUACUUAAAUGACACCCUUUACACACCCUUUGUAGAGUAUGACAUGGACUUAUUUUUUAAGCAUUUAUCUUUAUAUGCUUAUGAAUUCAUAAUGGUGUAUGAAUAUUUUAAGGUGUAUGUUGUUUGAAGUUCAUGAACUGUGUAAAUUGAUUUUAUAAAAGCAGCUACAGUAGAUGUUCAAAUCCGAGGAGUACUGGGAGGCUAUAAUCUAUGACCAAAGAUAAAAUUCAAAUACAAUUUAACUGCUUUGAACAUUAAAUAGGUAAACAUUA